AGGUUCAUGCAGCACUCAGCUGGGCGACAAGCCGACACACGGGGCUACAGCGCAGAGCGGCAGAGCUACCGGGAGGGGAACUGAACAGCGCUAGGAGAUGCCAGCGACUGACUGACGCAUAAUCCCGACCCCCCCCCCUCUCUGCUCCUCUAACUAGAAAAUCCUGGCAAAACCCAAAUCUUCAGUUAAGAAGAUUUAUAGUGGAUCGCCUGCAGUGGCACAGACUUGUGGUGAUCUUUAUUUUAAUGGGUGUUUCUUCUAAUAGGCGUUUUACAUUUGUUUUUGGAAACCAAGAGGACCUUGAUGAUUGAUUUUUGGCCCCCUUACCCCAUUGGCGUAACACUGCACUGCUGUUAAAAAUAAACGUUAUUUCAUUCAGUAAUACAGUCAAUGGGCAUCGGCGCGUCAUCUCUUGCGAGUUCUGUGACUAGACUGGAGGUGCAGUGCGAUUCCAGCUGAGAAUCCCACCGGGCUGUCGGGGCAAGACGAAUUGUCACCGCUAUUUUGUUUUUAUUUCAAGCCGAAAAAAGGAUCGUGUCAUGACGACGUACCUGCAGCUCUGCCGGACCCUCUGCUGAGGCAACCGAUGAGGAUCAUGGAUACUUGUGUAUCUGCUUUAGGAUUCCAAAGUAACCGUUUUAUAAAUGGAGGAAGACAUUGACACCCGUAAAAUCAACAACAGUUUUCUCCGCGACCACAACUAUGCAACAGAAGCUGACAUAAUCUCCACUGUUGAGUUCAACCACACGGGGGAGCUCUUGGCCACGGGGGACAAGGGAGGGCGAGUGGUGGUGUUUCAGAGAGAGCAGGAGAGCAAGAACCAGCCCCACCGCCGAGGGGAAUACAAUGUUUACAGCACUUUCCAGAGCCACGAGCCUGAGUUCGACUACCUGAAGAGCCUGGAGAUUGAGGAGAAGAUCAACAAGAUUCGAUGGCUGCCACAGCAGAAUGCUGCCUACUUCCUUCUCUCUACGAACGAUAAAACAGUGAAGCUCUGGAAGAUCAGCGAGCGAGACAAGAGACCGGAAGGCUACAAUCUGAAGGAUGAAGAUGGCAGAAUUCGAGACCCUUCCACUAUCACGAUGCUGCGGGUGCCCGUUCUGCAGCCCAUGGACCUCAUGGUGGAGGCCACGCCCCGGAGGGUGUUCUCCAACGCCCACACGUAUCACAUCAACUCCAUAUCCGUCAACAGCGACUACGAGACCUACAUGUCCGCCGACGACCUGAGGAUCAACCUCUGGAACCUGGAGAUCACCAACCGCAGCUUCAACAUUGUGGACAUCAAGCCGGCCAACAUGGAGGAGCUGACGGAGGUGAUCACAGCGGCCGAGUUUCACCCCAAUCAGUGCAACACCUUCGUCUACAGCAGCAGCAAGGGCACCGUGCGCCUGUGCGACAUGAGGGCCUCCGCGCUCUGUGACAAGCACUCCAAGUUCUUCGAGGAGCCAGAGGACCCCAAUAAUAGGUCGUUUUUCUCCGAAAUCAUCUCCUCCAUUUCGGACGUCAAGUUCAGCCACAGCGGGCGGUACCUGAUGACGCGGGACUACCUCACAGCGAAGGUGUGGGACCUCAACAUGGAGAGCAAACCUCUGGAGACCUACCAGGUCCAUGAUUACCUGAGGAGCAAGCUGUGCUCGCUGUACGAGAAUGACUGCAUCUUCGACAAGUUUGAAUGUGUCUGGAAUGGGUCUGACAGUGUGAUCAUGACGGGCUCCUACAACAACUUCUUCCGGAUGUUUGACCGCAACACCAAGCGGGACGUGACCUUGGAGGCGUCCCGGGAGAACAGCAAGCCGCGCGCCGUGCUGAAGCCGCGCAAGGUGUGCGUGGGCGGCAAGCGGCGCAAGGACGAGAUCAGCGUGGACAGCCUGGACUUUAGCAAGAAGAUCCUGCACACCGCCUGGCACCCUGCCGAGAACAUCAUCGCGGUCGCCGCCACCAACAACCUCUACAUAUUCCAGGACAAGAUCAACUAGCGCUCAUCCAAGAUGGCCGCGCAGGCAACUGCAGCAGCUGGCAACCUGGAAAAAAAAAUAUGAAACGACACCCCCUUUUCCCCUGUGUUCUUAAGCAAGCUCUCCUCCUUACACCCGACGCUGUGAUCCUGCCUGAAUCGGCAGCAAUGAGGCGGAGGAGUCCUUCUGAAGGGGAGCGAAUGUUUGAAAAUUAAAAAAAGCAGAGAAACUGGCCUAGCUCUGCUGUGACAAGAGGUGCUGAUUGGUCGCCAGUGUGAAUUGGAGGCAACCGGCACAACCAUCCCUUCACUUUGUAACUCCGUUAUUUAUUUUAUUUAUUCAUCUUCUGACCUUGGGGUGCACUGUUUUCGUUCACUCGCCUGGCGAGGGCCGGAUUGUAUGACUGGAAAAAUAAAAACAAAAUGUAGCAGUUUGCUAUUUUUUUCUAAACUCAAAAAAAAUAAAUAAAGAUGAUUAAUAAAGCGAAGCGUUUUUUUGGGGCGGCCUGCUGCUCAAUGAUGUUUUCAGUACUGAGGCGGGGGAAGCCAACGGUGUCAGAAACCUAAGAAGUUCAGAGUUCAGCCAUGUCUCCCGCCCUCCCUCACUUCUCCCGGCUCCUGCUUUGACACUGGGGAAGGGCAACAAAAUUUGAAUGGACAGGGUUUCUCCCCCCAAAACCUUCCCACCCUCACCACCCCCGUUGCUUUGUUCUGAAAACAAGAAGCUGUGGUGCCUUUUUCUGCUAUUUCCAUUCACGCUGGUUGACGAAGGCUUCCAUAAACUCUCGUUCUGCUUCGGAACCGCAGGGCUGCUGACGGUGUCAUUGUGCGGAGGCCCAGGACGAGGGGGGGGAUUGGGGGGGAGUCUGUCCAAGGCGGAGUUCCCGGGUUAGGGUGCGUCUUCUGGGCGCUCCGCUCUUCUACUGAUUCUGGAGCCCCUGCAGCUCAGAGAUGCCCAAAAAAAAAAAACCCGUAGGCGAGGGGUUGUGAUUCAUCACAGCAGUGAGGUCAAGCGAAAGAGGUUCUAAUUUCGGCGCAGGAGCCGACCUGUUGGGUGGUAUCCCGCUCAUACGGCUUGCACUUCUGUGGUCGCCACGUUGUUAAUGACGCGCGCUUUUGCAUCAUCAAAUUUAAAUUUCUGCUUAGAACUAUGUUACGCAGUGUGGGUAAGAUAGAGGAGCCCAGCAGACGUUUCACUUCGAUGUCUAAAAACGCAAACCAAUAAUCUGCUGGAGCCAAAAUGUUACAGGUUGCCCAAUGCUACGUUACGAAUACAGGACACUUACUGCACCUCCAGAAUCAGCUCCGAUUGACGUCGUUUUGUAUCGCUCGUCACGUUAAUUCUGCACGCACUCAUGAUUUCGGUUUCUGUGGAUUUUUUUUUCUUUGUGCUUAUUUUGUUUUCUUUUCCAUGUCCUCCUGUUUAAUUUGUUGAUGUAUUGUUUUGUUUUGUUUUGUUUUGUUUUGGUGAGGGGUCGGGCGAGUUAACCUGUGUUGUUGUUCGCUGCUAAUGUCCUUCAUGUGCUGUCACAGUUGUUUUAGGCGGCUGCUGCCGCGGGCUCCCCGCUUGUCCGUACCGGGGGGCGGCGAGGCUCGGCUGGGGAUGUGCGGGGAGGAGCUGGGGGGAGGCUCGGAAGAAGAUGAUCUCGCAAUGUAGCCUAACCCGUGACAGAGGUUCUAUGAUAUCAGGGAAUUUUAGGUACAAUUCCUUAAAAAAAAAACAGACGUCUUCUAAACAACUAAGGUUGUAAACGUCCUAGCAAAACAAAGUUUUAUAGCUCCGAAUGUAUUUAAAUGUAUUUAAUUGUCAUGCAGUCUUUAUGCUUACUAGAUUCCUUGAAGUAAAAAAAAAAA